AUGAUAUGUUCUACAGCCGUUCCUCCUCUUUCAGGAAGGUAUACGGCGAGAAAUAAUGCAACCAUUUCGAGGAUGGUGGUGAGUACUCGAGUGUACUGGUGAAGGUCCUCAUGUCUAUGGCUUUCGGUCCAAACAGUGCCAAAGCAUACUUCCGGGAACUUCCUUCAUUGCUCUGCGCUACCACUCACCGUCAUGGCCAUGGCAUCCCGUCUAGCUCUUCGCUCUCUGGCCCGUUCUCAUCCCCGUAUCACUUCAUCCAUUCCUUAUGCAUCCCGGUCACUUGCAACUCAGCCACCCAAGGACCCAGAUGCUAGAGCGAGCGAAAUCAUCAACAAGCUCCCUUCUUCUCCUGGUCUGCUCACGAAGACUGGUACUGCCAUUCUAGGUACUGGUUUGACGGCUGCAGCGAUCUCGCAAGAGCUUUAUGUUGUUAACGAGGAGACUGUGCUGCUCGUGGGAUCUGCCAUUUUCUUCACGUUCCUGGCAAAGGCCAUCAAAGAACCCUACGUGAACUGGGCAGAGGGACACAUUAGCCGCAUCAAGAAAGUUUUGGACAGUGCGCGGCUUGAGCACACUCAGGCCGUCAAGGAGCGUAUCGACUCCGUUGGACAAAUGAAGGACGUUGUGCAGCUCACGCAAGGCCUUUUCUCUCUUUCAAAGGAAACUGUGACGCUGGAAGCAUCCACCUUUGCUCUCAAACAACAAACGGCACUUGCUGCCGAGCUCAAGUCUGUGUUGGACUCGUGGGUCAGAUAUGAGCAACAACAGAAGGAGAGCGAGCAGGCAGAGUUGACAAAGACAGUCAUUGACAACGUGAUGAAGAGCAUUAGUGACUCCAAGGUGCAAAAGGAUACUUUAAUUGAGGCCGUUGCAGAAAUCGAGAGGUUGGUCAAGGCAAAAGCUGUUUAGACUCUGGUAUAAAUAAUACCUUCCUGCACAAUAAGUAGAGGACCUGUACGGUGGUGUAUCAGCAUUCAACCAGUGACGUUCUUCUAGCUGCUGUGCAUUAUGAGCUUGGUCUUGUCGUGUGCAUGUGUGACUUGUUCACAAGUUCUGUCAAGUGUUGUCUCGUCCAAGAGAUAUAGUUUAUCAGAGCAAUUGAAAACUGUC